GUUGCCAUACAGCCCAGUGCCAGCUGAUUUUUAACUAGUUUUCAUUAUCAAACGCAAAAGCGAAAAGAAUGUCGAAAUUCCUGUCCCAAACGGUUUUGAAUACGCUUCGUAACACGCGCAUUGGCCCGCGUCAGCUGGUGCGCAGUUUUGCGGGCAUCGCCUCCACGCGUAACAACGCGGAGCCGGCCCAACUGAAUGGACAGGCUCUAGGACGUGGUCUCUUGCAGAAGCAGCUGCCGCUGUCGGGCAGGAGGAGCAUGUUCAUCCAGACGCAGGACACCCCGAACCCGGACAGCCUCAAGUUCCUGCCCGGCGUGGAUGUCCUGGGAAAGGGCAACACCUACGACUUCCCCAACGGAACCACAGCACACAGCAGUCCUUUGGCCAAAUUGCUGUUCCGCGUGGAAGGCGUGCGAGGCGUGUUCUUUGGUGCCGAUUUCGUCACCAUCUCGAAACAGGAGGGUGCCGAGUGGAGCCUAAUUAAGCCUGAGGUGUUUGCCGUCAUAAUGGAUUUCUUUGCUAGUGGCUUGCCCGUCCUUCAGAACGCCGAGCCCAAUGCGGACACCGAAAUCCUCGAAGACGACGACGAGACGGUCAUGAUGAUCAAGGAGCUGCUCGAUACGCGCAUCCGUCCCACCGUCCAGGAAGAUGGCGGCGACAUCGUCUUCAUGGGUUACGAGGGUGGAGUCGUCAAGCUUAAGAUGCAGGGAUCCUGCUCUUCCUGUCCCAGCUCCAUUGUCACUUUAAAAAACGGCGUGCAAAAUAUGCUGCAGUUCUACAUACCGGAGGUGGAGUCGGUGGAGCAGGUCUUCGACGACGCGGACCGGAUGGUGGACAGCGAGUUUGAGCGCUUUGAGAAGAAUCUCAAGACGCUCAAGCAGCAGGAGCCAACUAGCGGCGUUCCUAAUUAGAAGGACUCAUUGUCUUUUCUCCUGUUUGCGUUGCUAUUUCUCUAGUUGUAUACAUAAUGUACAUGUAGUUGAUUGUUUAAAUAAAUUUACGGCUUUAAGCUUAACUUGUAAUGUA